CGCCGUAGUUGGCGCCGGCAAGUCGGCCAUGGACACCGUCGCGCAGUGCGCCGAGGCCAACGGUUGCAGGUACCCGUGCACAAUGGUCUACAGAAGCGCCCACUGGAUGGUGGAUCCCAAAGUUGCUCGGCAUGUGAAAUUCUUUACUUUCACCUCGUGCCGGUGGACGGAGCUGAUGGUUCAAAAGCCCGGCGAAGGGUUCCUUCUGAGCCUUCUCGCCACGAUGCUGAGUCCACUGAGAUGGGUGGCAUCGAAGGUGACGGAGGCCUACUACAAGAGGAGCAUCCCGAUGCGGGAGCACGGGAUGGUGCCGGACUGCGGCUUCGAGCAGGCGAGCCUGGGCUGGCGGCUGGGCAUACUCCCGGAGGGGUUCUACGACAGGGUGGACGAAGGCGGCGUCGAGCUCCGGAGGUGCGGCUCGGUCGGCUUCUGCGCCGACGGCCUCGUGCUGGACGCCGGCGGCGAGGGCGAGCGCGUCGUCGGCGCCGACGUGGUCAUCCUCUGCACGGGCUUCGACAUCGACCGCCCGCUGCGGGACGUGUUCGCGUCGCCCUGGUUCAGCGAGAUGGUCGCCUCGGGCGACGACGGCGGCGGCGCGGUGCUCCCGCUGUACCGGCACUGCGUGCACCCGCGGAUCCCGCAGAUGGCCGUGGUCGGGUACGCGGAGAGCGGCUCCAGCAUCUACCCCUACGAGAUGAUGGCCAACUGGGUGGCGCACCUGCUCGACGGCGCCGUCCGGCUGCCGGGCGUCCGCGACAUGGAGCGCGGCGUCGCGGAGUGGGCGCGGUGGGGACGGUGGGCGCAGCGGAGCUGCGGGGGCUUCUUCCUCAAGUCGUGCGUCGCCUCCGUCACGACGUGGUACCACGACCAGCUGUGCCGGGACAUGGGCUACAGCCCCAGGAGGAAGGACGGGCUCCUCGCCGAGUGGCUGCAGCCAUACGGGCCGACGGACUACGCCGGCAUCCAGUGAGGAAAGCUAGCGGAGAUACAGAGCUCGAGAUGGCCACGGCGGCCCAGUAAUCGAUCAGGGCAGUUGAAGUCGGUAAUUUUUGCUCGGCGCGAUCUUUCUUGCGCGAGUAACAUGCAUUUGAUUCUAGAGAGAUUCAAUCUUUGAUCAUGCAAAUAUAGCAGUGAAUUGAUUUGAUUCACACUGAGUGACAUUGCAUUCAUCUUCGAUCAUGCAGAAAUGGCAGUGAUUUGAUUCA